AUGACGGACGCAGACCAGACUCCACUAGAGAGGUACUUGAACGUACCGGUAGUAUUCAAUCACUGUGUACAGUUUGAAUACGCUCCCCCCUUCUCCCCCACAGUGUGGCUACCGCUUUUCCAGCUGUGGCAGUGUAGUUCAUUCCUCCCGCCGCUACCCAACGGCUUAUCCACUACGUCCGUGAUCUUUAAGAUUGUAUCUCAUACGAGUAAUGGGCUCUUCUGUAUUUUGGGCAUUUUACAUGACCUAAAUACAGAAGAGAUGGAAACUAGCACCCAACUGGCUGAUAGUAAUGUGAAUUUGGAUUCGGGAAUCCAGGCUGCCUGUGAGCAGCCGACUGCAAAUUACAGUGGGGUCGAGAAGUGUAGUGAUGCUGGCUCGAGUGGAAGUCGCAAGCGGGACCACGCCGAGACGACGUGGAGCUGUAACAAGUAUGAUACGGACGAGUUCGGUGACGCGACCGAGUAUGACGGCUCGUUCACGGCGAAUGAUGAUGCCGACGUGAACGAUGAUGCGGACGUGUACGAUGGAGCGGACGUGACGAGUACGGUGACUCGUUUGACGAACGCGUACGGCUUCGCAUUGGAGACUGCGAGCCACGGAUACGGAUUGGACGGUGUGCUGCUCGAGCUCAGUGGAGCGAGUAGUAGUGCGCAAACGGACGGACGGACGAACGGGGCGGCGUCUGAAGUGCGUGAUGAGCCCAAGUGA